GCCACUCUAGCAGCUGUUGCCGGAACGGCUGCUGCGGCGGCUGCAUACCUCGAUGCCAAGUAUCAUAUUCGAGCAGACCUCAGUAAAGGCAGCCUCGACCAAGCUGCCACCGAUGCCCAGAACUUUAUGGCCGAGAAGGCCGCGAAGAACGAAAUGACAAUGUAUCAUGCCAUCAAGAAUUGGGCCAAGCAAGACAUUCCAGAUCACCUAUUUCUGGAGUACGAAAGUCGUUCUUGGACAUACAAGCAGUUCUAUCAAGCGGUCUCGAGGGUAGGGAACUGGCUGAUGAGCGAUCUUGGGAUUCAGCGGGGUGAGAUGAUUGCUUUGAGUGGACCGAAUAGCGCCGAGUACCUGAUGAUAUGGUUUGCCAUUGAUGGUAUUGGUGGUCAGCAAAGCUUCAUCAAUCACAACCUCACUGGAAAGGCUCUCUCGCAUUGUGCCAAGCUUUGUGGAACUCGCUAUAUGCUUGCGGAUCGCGAGACAUCCGAGCGUCUCGAGCCAUGUAGAGCUGAGCUGGAAGAAGCUGGUAUUACGAUCGUGUACUACGACGAGGCCGUGAUCAAUGCACUGAGCAACGGAACGCCCAUUCCUGCUAGCCGCACGGAAGGGAUCAUGCCUACUGAUACACGUGGACUGAUUUAUACAAGUGGUACAACCGGCUUGCCGAAGGGUGUGAUGAUGACCAGUGGCAGGAGUAUCAACAUAGGCCGGACAAUGGCGGACUACUUGCAGCUAAAACGAGGCGACAAGUUCUAUACAUGCCUUCCAUUGUACCACGGUGCGGCUCAGGGGCUCUGCACAACACCCACGAUACAUGCGGGAUCAGCUAUGAAACUGGGCAAGAAAUUCUCACAUCGCACAUUUUGGACCGAAGUCCACGAAUCUAAGGCGAACCGAUUGCAGUACGUGGGCGAGCUUUGUCGAUACCUCCUCAACGCCCCACCUCAUCCUCUCGAAGCCGCUCAUAGUGUUCAUGAAGCCUGGGGCAAUGGUAUGAGGCCAGAUGUUUGGGAGCGUUUCCGACAACGAUUCAAGAUUCCCCUCAUUCAUGAACUCUACGCUGCGACUGAUGGCUUGGGAGCCACAUUCAAUCGAAACUACGGCGAUUUCGGCAGGAAUGCUAUUGGAGUUAGAGGGCUUCUCUGGAAUCGGGCGAUGGGAGAGAAGGAAGUUCGUGUAAAGAUCGAUCCCGAUUCUGAAGAAGUUGUGAGAGAUAAAGAUGGGUGGGUGGUAAGAUGCGAUGUCAACGAGCCGGGUGAGGUCUUCCAUGCAGUGGAACCCGAGCUUGCCGAGACCGUGUUCAAGGGUUAUUACAAGAAUCAAUCUGCUUCCGACAAGCGAUGGGCACGGGAUGUUUUCAAGAAGGGAGACCUGUGGUUCCGAAGCGGAGAUAUGAUGCGGCAGGACGCAGAGGGGAGAGUAUAUUUCGUCGACCGGCUCGGCGACACUUUCAGGUGGAAGUCGGAGAACGUCUCGACAAACGAGGUUGCGGACGUGCUGGGUCAGUUUGAGCAGAUUGCUGAGGCGAACGUUUACGGCGUUGCCGUCCCCAACGCCGAUGGCCGAUGCGGAUGUGCAACGGUGGUAUUGAAGCAAGGGCUCAUGCCAGAAAAUCUGGACUGCGCUGGUUUGGGUAAUUUCGUGCUUACCAAGCUCCCCAGAUAUGCCGUGCCGUACUUCCUGCGCGUGGCGCCUCAGCUGUCGUACACUGGCACUUUUAAGAUCCAGAAAGGCCAGGCGAAAAGAGAGGGCGUGGAUCUGGAUCUCAUCGAGAAAUCUGGCAGCAAGGACAAGGUGUUUUGGCUGCCGCCCGGAGCCGAAUCGUAUCAGACGUACGGUAGAGAGGACUGGGGUGCGCUGAAGACAGGGAAAAUAAAGAUGUAG